UAUAAAUAGUUGUUUCAGGAUCGAAUACCGCCAAUGCAACAGCCCAGUUUAACAACUGUUCCACGUCAGUAUCCAGUACAUCCAAACAUAAAUGAUGAUGAUGGGAAAGACACUAAUGACGCGGAGUCGAGGAUACAAUACUAUCUCGAAGCUUACAAGCAUUAUAUUGUUCAAUGUAUCAACCCUGAAGAUCUUUUGUUCUAUGAACAUUUCAGUAUUGAAAGAAGAAAAUACUUUCGGAAGCUGUCAAGUUCAUCUCAAGAUUCCAUCCGUGUAGCGUCUAAAAUGAUAGACACAAUUAUUUCAAUGAAAUAUGUUCCAGGCAGAUUUUCGGCUCUUGUCAAAUUGUUUGAAGUUGAAUUCGAAAAUGAGAAGAUUUCAAGAAUUUUGAAAGGUGAAAAGAUUCCUACGAAUCGAAAAGAAAAUAAAGAGAAAAUUCAAAAGGUGUGUUCGGCGGAAAUAUGCAAGAAUCUGAAUGUAACAGAGAUAAUUCCACACCUUUUAGAAGAAAAGAUGAUUUCAGUAAACGAAGGAACACAAUUAAAGAACAAAGCGGAAAGAGAGACUCCUUUCAGUGCUGCAAUAGACCUUCUUCUUAAAUUACCACAUAGACAUCCCAACUGGUACACGAGAUUUCUGUCUUGUCUUGUAAAAUCUUGCCAUGCAGAUCUGGCGAAACUUGUAGAUGAGGAAUUAUGCAAGAAAAUCAUCCAGGAUAUGCCUACCCGAGAAAAGGAAGGGAACCCGCCCGUUGACUAUCGUGACGAUUUUAUGUCAUGUGUUUCAGGUUCAGAUAGUGUGCACCUCAAGCAUCGGAAGGAAGAUGGAAUAAAAAGCAAAACUUCGACAACAUCAGUAACAUUAGAAAAUGAAACCGAUUUAAAAGAUAAAACUAUAUAUACGGAGACCGUUGUACCGACAGAAUGCUCCCUUGAAAAUGAAAGAAUAACUGUUGCUGAAUGGGUAAUUGCAAGUCAAGAUAUGGAUGUGAACUCUGUCAGAGAACGAAGAUCCACUGCAACAAAUAGACCUUAUUCUCUCAUAUGUGAAAAACCUUUUCGGAAGACGAGAUCGAAACGACACCAGACCUUACAGAUACCAAUGAACCAGAUGGCAAUAAUACAAAAGUAUUUCUUGAAAGAGCAUCAAAAGGCAACGCCAGUCUACCAUAGUUAUGAUGAAAUUCCGAAAGACGCGUCUUUUUGUUCUAGAAGUUCCUCAAUGUUCAGUAGUAUGGACAGUCUAGAAAGUAUGUGUGUGGACCUUCAAAUGAGUGUUGAUGAGAAAGAACACAGCUGUGUUAACUUAGAAUUCAUUGGCAUCUCAAAAAAUACUUCAGACUUGAAUCAAAACUCUUCUGAUGGUGUACAAAUUAUACAUGAAAUGGAGGAAAACACAACAACAAUGGACGUUGAAACAAAAUCACAUUUAGAUUGUCAAAGAAUAGAUAGAGCAAUACAAACUGAAGCAAAGAUGAAAACAUCAAACUGUCCAAAAUUCCAACAGUUGCUUACGAUGUCCUUCUUACAUCCAGUUAAGAUAUCACUUGUGGUGAAGGAUAACCCGGAUAUUCAUAACCUAUGCACAAUACUUGACUGGAUGUCCCACAGAACGAUAGAACUAGAGGAUUAUUCACUGUCAAUUAAGGCUCAUUACAUUUCUACUGUGAUUCAGGCAGCUACGGAAGCUGAAGAUAUUGAUGUUCUUAUUAACAACUUACUAACUGCCAGAGAAUCAGAUGGUUACUUCGAAAACCAAGACUUUUUGAUAAGAGACGUUAUAGAAAAAUAUGAAUAUAAAGAGACAGAGAUAUUUAAAACGAUCUUUGCAGAGCUACAGCUGUCAGAUACGGGAGAUGGGCUGUCAUCUCUUAGAAUACUUACUCAAAUUCUACAAAGAAAUUCUACUGGAGAUAACAAUACUGAUAGUGCAAAUAACAAUGAAAUUGUAAAGAAAGAUAGUGGCUGCUACGCGAGUGAAGAUUUUGAGAAAUUGAAUCAGUUUACCGACGAACUGAGUGGGAAUACUCUAUCAUUGAAUAAAAGUUGCAGUAGGAAUGAGAAUGUCACAAAACUGAAAGAUGAAAUGUGUAAUACUAAUGGUAAUGCCAUUAAAGAAAAUGACCGAAUUUGUCAAGUUACUGAUUUAUCUGACACAACAAAGGAAAGUAAGUGGAAUGGGAUUACCAAAGUAAAAGUGGGAUGCGACGCCAAAGAAAGCGAUACCAUGAAAUCAAAUACGUGCAAAACAUGCAAUAAUUGCAUGACAAACGGAGAGGAAAAAUGUUGUACAGAAAGAACACGCUUGAAAGAUGAACAGGAGACCAGGAAAGCUAAUAACAGUUUUGAAGAAACGAACGACAAAACCUUAAAUGUAUGUGCAGCGACUGUAGUAAAGGAAAAGUAUACGGAUAAAUCAUCGGUUGAUCAGGUUGAUACCAAUAUUGGAACAAAAUCUAAUCCCUGUGGAUGUUUUAUUAGAGAUGAAGCAGAUUCAAUAUCAAGGUCGGACGUAUACUUAGAAACAAUGUCUCCAAAUAGUCCAGACUACAAAGUUAUAGAAGAACAAAAGUUUAAGAGAUGCGGUGUGACAAUCGUUUGUAUACAUAGAAUAAGUAAUCAAAAUAUGUUGUCAAGAUUUACACGUCAAAAGGAACUCCUUCAAGAAAAUAAAGGAAAUGCAAAUGUGCAGCGACUAUUUCAUUGGUCAAAACACCUGAAGGCUGUGAUUGAGGAAGGGUUUGAUGCUGUGAUUACAGAGCAUGGGUCAGAAGAGUUUUACUUUUCAAAUCACCCAUUAUUGUUCGAGCCUGAAAUCCACAAUUUUGAUCCAAAUUUGAGGACUAAUUCAAUUGAAGAAAACUCUCGGAGGAGGAGCAUCUUGUUAUGCAGUGUGUGUCUGGGAAAAACGAAAACAGGAACUAACACAAGUGUUCCUUGUGAAGCUAAUCUAGAGACUUUUAAAGAAUGCCAUUCCGUGAGAAUGAGAGUUGAUUUUAACAACGAUUUCUACCUCAAAUACAAAAUAUUGAAUGGUGAUCAGGUAUACCCAGAGUAUUUGGUAACAUACGAAACACUUGAUACAUGAUGAACCGUCAUUGGGAUACAUAAUUAUGGUGAUACAUAUCUAAAAUAAAACAAUGUAUACUAAAAAACUAUCAUGAUGAGUUUUGUCACAUAAACUUCGCGUCACAUCUGCAGCGGAGAUGUUUUUUUAAAUAACCACAUAAGUGCUAAUCUAUGAUUAAUUUAAAAGCACGAACCUGUAACUGAAUAGGUUAAAUAUUACAUCAAAGGUAUUUUGUAUUAAUUUGAGUCACAUUGUUAAUGAAUUAAAAUAAUGAAUUGCAUAGGCAGUCAAUAAGAUAAUGAAAUGGAUAAUAAUUGUUUCUGUUAUUUAUUAUAUAUUAUUGCUCAAUUUGAUGUACUUCAUUACAUAUUAAAGCAUAAAGUUUUGAUGUAUUAUGAAAACCAAUAAUAAAU